CCCCGGCACAGGUACGGACGCACUUCCGGUGCCACCUGUCUGACAGCCGAACGCCCGGGCAUUGUGGGUGCCUACUGUGUAUCCAUGUGUGCUUUUUCAUAACAUCCCCAGCGGCGACUGACGCAUACCUGUCAACACGCCUCCGAGCCGAGUCCACACUCCCCGCAAGGACAAGUUUUUCGAGGCAAUCUCAAGAUGCCGAAGCUGAUAACCGUGUUCGGCGCCAGCGGCAACCAGGGCGGCGGCGUGGUGCGCGCGUUGGUGGACGACCCGGGCUUCGAGCUGAGGGCGGCAUCGCGAGACCCCAACUCCGACAAAGUCGCCUGGCUGCGGAAACUUGGCGUCGAGGUCGUGCAGGCGGACUAUGACGACCCGGAGAGCCUGGAGCGCGCUCUGAACGGCGCGUACGGCUGCUUCGUGGUGACCGACACGGACUGGGGCAGCGACGACCCGGUCCAGUUGGAGCUGCUGCACGGCCAGAAUGUGGCGGACGCGUGUAAGAAACAGGGCGUGCAGCACGUGGUGUUCAGCGAGAUGCUGCACGUCAAGAAGGCGAUCGGGAUCUCCGCCAGACACUGCGACGCGAAGGGGCACAUAUCGGACUACAUGAAGCAGAUCGGACUCAACAAGACCGGCAUCAUCAUUCCGUUCUACUUUGAGAACCUCCUGACAACGAUGAUUCCCAGGAAAACAGGCGACAACACGUUUGCACUAGGAAUUCCAUUCGGAGACAAGCCGAUGCCGGGAAUAAGCGCCGAGGACAUCGGGCUGGUUGUGGGCGCCCUGUUUCGGGACUCUGCGGCCUGGGGCGGGAAGAGUCUGGGCGUGGCAGGGGACAUCAUGCUGGUCAAGGACUACGCCAAGGUCCUCUCAAACAACCUUGGCCCCAAGAAGUUUGUUGACGGCCAGAUGACGGUACAGCAGAUCCGGGACCUGCAGCCCUACUGGCCGGCUGCCGUGGACCUCGCCAACAUGUACGAGUUCAUGAUGCGGGCUACCCUGCCGUACAGCAAGGACCGCACACAGGAGCUGUGUCCCGCCGUCAGGAGCUUCGACCAGUGGGUGGCGGACAACAGGGACAAGUUAGACGGCGCUUGUAAUUAGUACACUACCUCGGAACAGUGAAAGA